GAUAUGGGACGUGCAGCUAGUCUCGCUCAGCAGGCAUUGGAUGCAGGGUUGGAACCGAAGAUGCCGCUUCUGGUAUCCCCGGGUAGCGUUCAGACGCGCGAGACAUUGAAAGAUGCUGGCAUCUUGCCAGUCUUUGAGAGACUCGGUGCGACGAUGCUUCCCAAUGCCUGUGGACCAUGCUGUGGGACUUGGGAUAGAGUUGACAUGCCAAAGGGCACCCCCAACUCCAUCAUAACCUCUUACAACUGGAACGUCUCCGGUCGUUUGGACUCCAACCAAGCAACCAACGUCUUCCUAGCAUCCCCCGAGCUCGUCAUUGCAAAGGCCUUCUCCCGCGACCUAUCCUUUGACCCAACCACCGACAUGCUCCCUACACCAUCCGGCGAACGAUUCCACUUCCUCCCCCCAACCAGCGACUCCCUCCCCUCAAAGGGCUACCUCUCCUCCGAGUCAGCCUACGCACCCCCACCCGCAAACCGAGACAACAUCUCCGUCAAAGUCGACCCCUCAUCGAUUCGCCUCCAAAAUCUCUUACCAUUCCCACCCUGGCCCGGACACGACUUCGAGAACUGCGCCAUCCUGAUCAAGACAGCCGGAAAAUGCACAACAGACCACAUCACCCCGGCCGGUCCAUGGUUCCGCUACCGUGGACACCUCGAAAACAUCUCCAACAACACGCUAAUUGGGGCAACCAACGCCGAAAACGGCAAGGUGAACAGUAUUCGGAACCAGCUCACGAAGCAAGACGGACAGGAAGUGCCCGCUACAGCACGUCACUACAAAGAAAACGCCGUGCCGUGGGUGGUCAUCGCAGACCAUAACUACGGCGAGGGCAGUUCGCGGGAGCAUGCGGCGCUGCAGCCGAGAUAUCUAGGUGGUGUGGCGAUCAUCGCAAAGUCUUGUGCGAGAAUCCUUGAGGCGAAUCUGGAGAAGCAAGGGUUGUUUGCAUUGACAUUCGAGAAUGAGCAGGAUUAUGAUAAGAUCAGGGCCGAGGAUCGGAUUAGUAUUAAGGGGCUGGGAGAAGGGGAGUUUGUUCCGGGGAGCACUUUGAGGUUGGUAAUCAAUGGAGGCGAGUGGGAGGCUGCGCUCAGACAUAGUUUUACGGAAGAGCAGAUUGGGUAUUUUAGAAGUGGGAGUGCGUUGAACCUUAUGGCAGGGAAGUAG